CUCUUCGCCACACUCCUUUUAUCUUCUUCCCGGCACUGUUCAUGUUCCUCCGCCGCCGCCUCCUCUCCACCGCGGCGGCCGCCGCCCGCGGCCCGCCGCCGAUCCGCGUGGACCUAACGGUGUCCGCCGGCCGCGGCGUCUUCGCCACCCGCCCAGUCCCCGCCGGCGAGCUCCUCCACUCCGCGCAGCCCCUCGUCUGCCACCCCUCUCCAUCGCUGCUCCACGAGGUGUGCUACAGCUGCCUCAGGAGGAAGCCCGGGGAGGGGCGCGUCUCGAGCGGGGGUUACUACUUCUGCAGCGAUGCUUGCAGGGAGCACGCCAAGGGGUUCCAUGACGUUGAGAAGAACGCGGAUUGGACUUCGUUCGAUGACCACUGCAGUUCACGUGGUCUGAAAUACCCAUACAUGGCCAAGCGGCUUGCUUGCAUGGUAAUAUCAGGAGCUGCUAAUGCGGAUUGUCUUAACAUACUUCAGCCAGCCAGCUUGCACCAGGGGACGCUCAUCGAGAUGGAGGAGGAGUUUGAGUUGUUGGAGUCCAUUUUUAGGAAAGCUGGGUUUCAGGAAGUCACAACAUUUUUGACCAAAGAGUGGUACAUCAAUGUAUUGGCAAGGAUACGCAUAAAUGCAUUUCGCAUUGAAUUGGUUGCAAGCUCAUAUGAGGACCUUCUAUCCUCAGCAGCAGCCUCCGUAUCAUGUGAUGCAUCUGUCGGCAAUGCGGUUUAUAUGCUUCCCUCAUUCUAUAACCAUGACUGUGAUCCAAAUACUCACAUAGUUUGGCUGGAAAACGUGGAUGUUAAACUGAAGGCCCUCCGUGACAUUGAAGAAGGAGAGGAGCUGCGCAUCUGCUACAUCGAUACUAGCAUGGAUGUCAAUGCUCGCCAGAAGAUUCUUGCUGACGGAUUCGGUUUUGAGUGCCACUGCCUUCGGUGCUUGUCCGGAGACUAGAAAUCAUGUUUCACCUCAAGAGUUUCUUCCUGUCAUGAUGACAUUGUCGUGUGGAUUGGUUCUUGAAGCAGCUUGAGGUCCAUGUCCUUGAGCACUAUCCUGCAGAGCUGUCCUAUGUACACUAGCUAAUGCCGCUCUGAAUUUUUUGCGGUUAGGAGUGAACAUUACUUCGGUUACUAAGACAUGAUAGAAGCUUAGCAAUGUUGAUUUAUUUACUUAUUUUUUUAUAAGGGUUGAUUUAUUUACUGAAAGUGUUGAAUGC